GCCGCCGGGCUGGCACUUUCCCCAGAGAGGCGUGUCGCUGUUGCUGCGCCGCUAAGGGCUGAAGUCACUAGGCAAGAGGGGCGGGAGCGAAGCAGCGGCACUCCCUGACGGCCUCCGGCUUGUCCAGGCUUGUCUUGCUGCCUGCCCGGUGCCAGCGUUUGGCUCCUGCGGUGGGACCUCCGGGCAACGAGGAGAGCCCCCUCCCCCGGUGAGUUUGCUACUCCAGGCAAGGAGAAGGUAACAGUUAAGAUUAGUACAGGAACCAUGCCUCCAAAGCGUAAAGCACCUGCCCAAACCCGGGCUGCUGUCAAGGGUAAGAAGAUUAAAGAGGAACCAGAGCUGAAACCUGAACCAGAAGAAGACAGUUAUCUUUCCACCAUGGCAGCACUGAAGGCAGCUCCCAAGGAGAAGUCCGAGGCCAAAAUUGAUUCUGCCUGUCAACUGAGUCAUGCAGACAGUGCCAAGAUUUACCAGGACUAUGACUGUAUGCUGAACCAAACCAACAUUGGUCACAACAACAACAAAUUCUACAUCAUCCAGCUGAUAGAGCACAAUGGAAGCUACAGCUGUUGGAACCGCUGGGGCCGUGUGGGGGAAGUAGGACAAAGUAAACUCAGCAGCUUUCCAACCUUGGAAGCUGCCAUAAAGGAUUUUGAGAAAAAAUUUCGAGAUAAGACAAAGAAUAAUUGGGCUGAUCGGGAAAAUUUUAUAGCUCAUGAUGGCAAGUAUACCCUCAUUGAAGUACAACAUGAAGAUAAAGAGGAACAAGAGGUAACAGUAAAGGUGGACAGUGUAGAUGGAGUGAAGUCAUUUAAACAAAAGAUAUUGCCUUGCACUUUGGACAAGCAAACCCAGGAUCUUGUGUCACUCAUAUUCAGCAAUGACAUGUUUAAAGAAGCCAUGCAGACCAUGAAUAUAGAUGUGAAGAAGAUGCCGCUGGGGAAGCUGAGUAAACAGCAGAUUGCCAAAGGCUUUGAAGCUUUGGAAGCCAUUGAAGAAGCCCUACAGAAGCAGCCACCUUCCCAGAAGCAGCUGGAGGAACUUUCAUCUCGCUUUUAUACCAUCAUUCCCCACAACUUUGGCCGUACUCGGCCUCCAUCUAUCAACACACUGGAAGUUGUCCAAGCUAAGAAGGAUAUGCUUCUGGUACUAGCAGAUAUUGAAUUGGCCCAGGGUCUACAAGCCCAAAAGAAGGAGGAGGAGAAGGAAGAGGCAGAGAAGGAAAUGGUGAAAGAAGUUCUGCAUCCACUGGACAAGGACUAUGGGCUUUUGAAGUGUGAGCUCACCCUGGUGGACCCGUCAUCUGAGGACUAUAAGCUGAUUGUUACCUAUGUGGAGAAGACAGGUUUCACUCACCACAAGCUUUGCAUCAUGAAUAUUUGGAAGGUGAACAGAGAGGGUGAGAACCAUCGUUUUAAGGCUCAUGAUCACUUGGGAAAUCGACGUCUGCUCUGGCAUGGGACGAACAUAGCUGUUGUUGCUGCCAUCCUGAAGAGUGGCCUGCGCAUCAUGCCCCAUUCUGGUGGUCGUGUUGGCAAGGGAAUUUACUUUGCUUCUGAGAACAGUAAAUCAGCAUCCUAUGUGGGCACCACCUCCAACCGGGUAGGACUCAUGUUCCUGAAUGAAGUGGCCCUGGGCAAGGUAUAUUGCAUCACUCAAGAUGACAGUUCAUUGUGCAAGCCCCCAGCUAGCUACAAUAGUGUCCUGGCUUGUGGCUGCACCGAACCUGACCCUGCACAUGAUAAAGAGCUCAUCCUGGAUGAGAAAAAGGUGGUGAUACCACAAGGAAAGCCCAUUGUUAUGACUAAGUACAAAAACUCCCACUUCAGCCAGAGUGAAUAUCUGAUCUACCAGGAGAGUCAAUGUCACAUCCGCUACCUGGUCCAGCUCCAUUUCUGAGGCUUUUCUUGGGUUGCCUUUUGCUGAUGGACUCCACUCAGUUGCUGGCCCUUAUCUUUCCAGUGCCGAACAAAUAUAUGUGUGGCUGUCUUAAGUUCCUUGAGUUGGUCAGUCAGUUCUCCAUCCAGGGUUCAUUGAGUAAUCCUGGGUCCUAGUUCUGCAGAGAAGAGAAUGAUGUGACUCUACCUUGUUUUGAACAGUAUGCUGGCUUCCGUAAAGCAGAUUAGGAUUUUGUUGAUGUCCAGCAAAACAAAGAUGAAGUCAUGACCAGACUACUGCUGUAAAGGGUAUUGUGACAAGGGCUAAUGACUUUUGGAAACCUUUUGGAUCUGCAUAGUCUGAAAAUUAAAACAUCUAUUAAGUUGAA